AUCGCCCAGCGCAUUCUCGAGGAUACACUACAUAAUAUCAUCCACGACGUCGUAAUCCGCAAACACCAUGAACACAAACUGAUGCUCACGAAACUGGAUCCCAGCACUCGGUUACCACAUUGCGAAACGUGCAAACUCCCACGACUACUCGAUCCACCACUCGCGCCGAAAGUCCGCGGCGCAACCAGUGAUCCACCAACCAGCACCAUCUAUUGCGACCUUCGGCCCUGGUCCCGCCGACCUGGUCACGACAUCUAUGGUAACCCCUUCCUCAAAUCCGACGUGACCGGCCGUCCUAUGUCGAAGAAAGAGCGUGAAGCUGCAGCGAAGAACAGUAAGGGAGAGGGCACACCCGCGAGCGAGGAUGCGAACGACCAGAAUGGAGCCAACCCAGGCUCGCCUUCACACGAGGAUGGCAACGGUGCUGCCAAUAAUACUGUGAAAUUGGAAAAGGGCGAGAAGAAGGCCAGCAAAAUUGACGAAAAGCUCCGAAAGGGAGAGUACGUUCCAUGGCAUACCUGCCCUAGCUGCAAGCGUAGUCUGCUCAUCACUCGUUUCGCGAAACAUCUCGAGCAGUGCAUGGGCUUGAGCGGACGAGCGGCGAGUCGGAAUGCGAUGGCGAAGAUGAACAACGGCGCAACACCGGCAGGAUCACGCGGAGGUACACCAAAUCCCAGUCAAGAUGCGGCCGACGAUGAUGACGACGAUGCGGCGCUAUCAUCGAAGAGCAAUGGAGGUCUGUCAGGAGCUGGGAGCGGUGGAGGUGGCGUGCGGAAAAAGCUGCUGAAGAAAGGUCUAAAAGACAAAGCAAAGAAGGAAGGAGUGGGUGGGACACCAGGUGGCGGAGCAACAGGCAAGAUACCAAAGAGCUUGGCACCGCCGUCACGAGUCAAUGGCGCUCGGUCAUCGCCAGCGCCCUCAGGAACAGGUGAUGGAAAGCGCGACCGCGACGAGUUGAAUGACGGUGGAGAUGAAGAUGACGACGACGAUGAGGUGCAUGUCAAAAAACGGCAGAAGCUCCAACGAGUGGCCAGCACGACUAGCAUUGUCUCUCAAUCCACAGCUACCGCCGCAGAGAUGGAAAGAGGAGAAAGCAAUGAUGGGAGCUUCGUGGGAGACGGA